AGAAGGAUCAGAUCAGAAAGCUGGCCCCCGCAAGACAACGGAAGUAGAUGCAAGAUGCCACACCUUGACGCUCUGUCUGCCGCGAGAUGUAGCUCGCAAUGAUCGCAAGCUGGUCCUUUUUUCCCGGCCAACCUUACACAGGCAGGAGCCUGAACGCUCCGACAACAGAAAUAACCCCAAACAACUUCGCCAACGACACCAAGUAGUGCAUCGUAAAGCCUCGCCCAAAGUUGGGAGGACACAGGCGAGGAAGGCUGAACACCGUCGUCAGAUUGGGAGAGGGGCAGAGAAAGACAGCAGAUUGAAGAACAAGCAGAGGGCGUUGCCGACCUUAACGAGUCCAAGACUUCGACAGCUCGUGUAUCAUACAGUCAAUGGAGGUAUCCCUCACAUCGGGAGGAGCGUUGAAUGCAGGCCAGGUUGGAGAGGAUCGAAGGGAACCGUCAGAUCAGAGGAGGAAGUGGGCAUGUCAGUCGUCAGAUGGAAGGAUGACCGGACAAAGUCGUCCUCGUGUUGAAGAUAGACCAGACGAAAGUUCUGCCAGUCUCAAUACGAAGUGGCAGUAGCUCGUCGGCCAGAAGGAGCAGAGAAAGCAGUCAAGCGAGAUAAGUGAGUGAAGUUGUCAAGCUGGAGUGGAGAAAGCUAGUCACAGGCUAACCUUCAAGCAGAACCGUGAAGGGCUCUGUAUUUGCCUGCACAAAGCAGACAGAUGCAUGUACAAACUCAUGCCCAGCUGCUUGUGCCGUGUUGUGAUCGCAACAAUUGCAAUGACGAAGACGAAGACGAAGACGAAGACGAAGACGAAGACGAAGACAAAGACGAAGACGAAGACGAAGACGAAGACGAAGACAAAGACGAAGACGAAGACGAUGACAAAGGCGAAGACGAAGACGAAGACGAAGACGAAGACGAAGACGAAGACGAAGACGAUGACGAUGACGAUGAUGAUGGCAAAGACGAUAACGACGACGACGACGACGACGAUAACCAUGACAAAAAUCGAUGGUGAUGAUGAUGACAAACAGAUGCAUUCCGCCGUACUCCAGAGGUGGCAGCAGCUGCGCG